AUAUUGUUUCACGGUAGUGGGACCAUGCCCUUUGAAAAAGAGAUAAAACGAAAAGCACAUGAAAUAAGAGCCAUGAACAGAUCCAAUCCCCUGAAAACGACACCGUUUUGAGCUCUCUCCUCACAUCUAAGAUUUCUCCAAAUUCAUCUAUGGAGAAACACAUGGACUGCUUCAUCAACAAGCUCUCCUUCACAUCCAUCACAGUUGCCACACUAACACUUCUCCUCCUUUACCUUCAAAACCCCAAAACCUGCAUCAAUAAUCCCCAUCAACUCCACAAUCCUUUUAAACCAGACCAAAAAUUCCCCAAAUCCACCUGCAAUUUAACCCACCGGGCUUUCACCACUGUAAACAAACACAAUCGCCGUAUAUGGGCCACCAAAGCCUGGAUCCAAACAGUCCAAUCCUUCACAAUCCAAUUCCAAUCCCUCCAGGCCCAAAAUCUCUUCUCCAACAAUUCCCGGGUCUUAGUCAUCUCAGCCGGGGCUGGUCAUUCCGUUAUGGCCCUGAAUAAGAUAGGUGUUAACGAUGUCACCGGUGUCGAGCUCGUGGAAUCGCCCCCACUUGUGGGCCGUGCGGAUCCACACAGUCUGCCGUUCUUUGAUGACGUGUUUGAUUUUGGGUUCAGCCCGUUUCUGGAACGGGCCUUGUUCCCGGCCCAAUACGUGGGGGAAAUGGAGAGAACGGUAAGAGGUGGCGGCGCGUGUGUAGUGGCUGUGGAAGAGUGUGGCGGUGAAGAGGUGGAGGAGGUGGUGAAAUUGUUCAGAAAGUCGAAGUUGGUGGAGGUGAAUAAUGUGACUUUUGGUGGAGAAAAAAGGACGAGCAUUGUAAUGAAAGUUGUAAAUUGACUGAAUUUAUUGCUGCACGAAUACUCUGAUAUUCAUUCUUUGUUCAAUUCGGUUGCUAUUGAUUUGCUGUCUAAAAACCGCUGAAUUUUCAGCUUGUAUACGUUGAUGUGUAAAAAUUCUUUUGUUAAUGAAUGAAGUGCAACUUAAAUCUA